AUGUUUGAAUCUACAAGAAGUAUUAUGAGUUGGCUUGGUGAUUGUGGAAAGGUUAUACCAGUGAAAAACAAUCCAGUACAAUGGACAACUCCUCUUAGACUUCAUGUUGUUCAACCAUACCGCAAAUUAGGAGGACAUCUUAUUACGACAUCUCUUCAAGUUUUGACACUACAACGAGAAACCGAUAAGGUGAUGGUGAAAAGACAAAGAACAUCAUUUCCUCCUAACUUUGUCCACUCUCUUGAUGGGUCCCACAUGAUGAUGACAGCCAUUGCUUGUAAAGAGGUUGGCUUAAGUUUUGCAGCCAUGAAAAAUCCUAAUUCUACUCUCCUUAGAAGUAAAUGGAGUCCUAUUCCAAUACCCUAUAGAACUAUCCUUGAGCCCAAAGGUCAAGAUAUUGAUUACAUCAACAUAGCUCACAGUCAUCUUCUUCACUCUGAUUGGGCUAAGCUAGAUAAAAUAUUAACUAAAUCUAAUUCAUUACGAGUGAAGCACAUUCUGUUAAAGCUUCAAAAUGACUACGUCAUUUCCCUAAAACUCUUCAAAAGGAUUGAGCUUCACAACCCUAGUUUACUCACCCUCGAAACAAUUCCAUCAUCCUCCACAUCCUCACCAAGAAUCGUAAAUUUGUGUCAACUGAAUCCAUUUUAA